UGCUGAAGCAUCACCAAAGGACCUUCACGAAACAGCAGACAAAAUGGCGACCCGUUUUCUGACGCUCCUGGCUCUGGGAUUCGCGGGCGCCCAAGCCUACCAGUUCCAGGCGCAGAAAAGGCAAGCGCUGGCUGGCGAGUCCUGCCUGGCUUUGUCCAAGCUGCUCAUCAACCAGACCGGAUACUCACAGUACGUCCACUAUUACACCGAUAUCCCAGAACUUACCAGUUUUACAAUGCAAUACUGGUUCAACCUCAACAAAAAUUUCCGAAGCGCGACCACCUUCAACUAUGCACUCGACGAAGAAGUGAACACAGACAACGUAACCCUCCAGCUCCACCAGGGGGAACACCUCCACUCGCCCUCCCAUUGGACGCUCCACAUCAACGGCAUUCUGGUGGUGCGUGUGGAGUCUCCGCCCGUUCUGGCUGGGGAAUGGCACCACAUGGUCCACUCCUGGGAUUCCACUCAGGGCGAGUGGAGCAUUUUCAUGGAUGGGCGACUGCUGGGGAGCGGGUACAGCAAAGAGGGCCGAGGUCUGGUGAUCCCAGCAGGAGGCAUCGCUGUGUCGGGCCAGCACCAGAACACCGCUCAGUUCAGCGGCAUGGACCAAGGCGAGGGCAUCGAAGGCUGGUUCACCCUGUUCAACAUGGUCUCGCGCCCCCUCUUUCACCCCAAGUCCGCGCGCACCCUCGCCCUCGUCGCUAGGAUCGCCCGCGAGUGCUCUCCCAACGCCGCCUACGGUGACGUCAUCAGCUGGAGCAGCACCCCGCGGAAGGGGUACGGGGGCAUCAUGGAGACCCCCGCCUUCCCCGUCUGCGGGAGGUUCUAAGGGGCGUGCUCCUUGCUCAUAUUCCUGAGGAGAACCAUGUAUUUAUCUGCCUUUUAGCCCUAUUGUUAUUAAAGCAACAAAAAAGA